UUCUGGUACAAGCAAUAGAGAACAGCUCUAUGUUUAUGCUUGAAUUCUUCGAUGCAAAUAAAAUGAUGUCAAAAUUAACUCAAACUAUGGUCAAAUGCAUCUGAAUGACGCAACGACCAUAUAAUUAAAAAAAGAAUGAUAAUCGAUUCGAUAUUUCGAAUUAUUAUGAUAAUCGAAUUAUCGAUUAUUUUUUAUUUGAACUAGCACAUCACUACUAGUCAGUAGUGUUUAGGUUAGAUUUAUUUUUGGUUAGGAUAUAUGGUGUUAAUGAAUUCUCUUGGAAAUAUCAAUGAAUAAAUUUCUACAGUCAGUUUUAUUCUUCACGUUUUCUUCGUUACCGUUUUUUCUGACCUAUAUUCUCAGGAAAAAAUUUGAUGUUUCUUUGAAAUCAAAAAAUGAAGAUAAUUUCUACCAUCAAAUGAUCUUCAUAGAUUCGAAAAAUUUCGGUUGUAAACAACAUUUAAUAGAUAAAAAAGAAUGUGGAGAAAAUUGCUCCUUCACAUACCAGAAAACUUUGCAAAACUUCUUAUCCAGUGCCAAAGUUAGCAUUUGCCUUUGUGCUUAUAUGUUGACCCUUAAACAUCUAAAUUAUGAAUUGAUUCAAGCUCAUAAAAGAGGUAUUAAUGUCAGAGUAAUAACUGACCAAGUAAUGCUUCAGGCAUUUGCUACAAAGUGCAGCCCUCCAUAAACGGUAUGAUGCAUCAUAAAUUUUGUUUAAUUGAUAAGGAAGAGGAGGAACUUGCCAAAAUGUUUUUUGGUAGCCUUAAUUUAACCAGCCAAGGAUUAGUUUCUAAUUUUGAUGCAGUUAUAUUAACAAACAAUUUGAAUAUAAUUCAGAGAUAUAGUGAAGAGUUUGAAGAAUUGUGGAGUUCAUUCAAAGAAUAAAUUAAUUGAAUAUUAUAUUUUUUCUAUUAGGAAAAUAUGGUUAUUAAAAUAAGUUGGACUUAAAUAUUUUAUUUAUAAUAAAAAAACAAAUGACCAAAGUUGGAAGGUCUAUUUACACUU